AUGGGGUCCCUGGUACCGACACGAGAUGACGUUGCCAUCAUUGGCAUGUCCUGCCGCUUUCCCAGUGAUGCAGACACGGCGGAUCGAUUCUGGGAUUUCAUUUGCCAGGGCCGCAAUGCCUAUGCCGAGAAUCCCAGUCGCUGGGCGGCUAAUGCUUUCCAUCACGGCGAGAAGAAGAUCAACACAAGUCUGACGCGCGGCGGCCACUUCAUUAAACAAGAUGUCGCCGCUUUUGAUGCCAACUUCUUCAGCCUUUCCAAGACGGAGGCAGAGUCGAUGGACCCUCAGCAACGGAUGAUCAUGGAAGUGACAUACGAGUCCAUGGAGAGUGCCGGUCUGCGUAUCGAGAACCUCGCGGGUUCACGCACGGGCGUCUUCAUGGCCAGCUUCACCAGCGACUAUCGUGAGUUGAUGUUCCGCGACGCCGAGACUGCACCCCUGUAUACGGCCACUGGGACCAGCAACACAUCUACUUCCAACCGUGUAUCCUGGUUCUUCGACCUCCGUGGGCCCAGCUUCACCGUAAACACGGCCUGCUCCUCCAGCCUGGUCGCCUGUCACCUGGCCUGCCAAAGCCUCUGGAGCGGCGAGACGGAAACGGCCAUCGUCGGCGGCACCAGCCUGCUUCUGAAUCCGGACAUGUUCCUUUACCUUUCCAACCAGCAGUUUCUCGCCCCUGACGGCCAGUGCAAGAGCUUCGACAACGCCGGCGAUGGAUACGGCCGAGGUGACGGCAUCGGCGUUGUAAUUCUCAAGCGUGUCGCAGACGCAAUUCGUGACGGCGAUCCAAUUCGGGCAGUUAUCCGGGGCAGCGGCAGCAACCAAGAUGGACAUACAAAGGGCUUCACAAUCCCCAGCGUCGAGGCUCAAGCAUCUCUCAUAGCAGAAACCUACCGUAACGCCGGUCUUUCGUUGGCCGAGACGCGCUACGUGGAAGCCCAUGGCACAGGCACCCAGGCCGGUGACACCCGUGAGAUGGAGGGUAUUGCGCAAACCUUCAGCAAGCAUCGGGCGGAAUCCGACGAACUCGUUGUCGGAUCUGUCAAAUCCAAUAUCGGACAUCUGGAGGCGUGCGCGGGAUUAGCCUCGCUCAUAAAAUGCGUCUAUAUCCUCGAAACAGGGGUCAUUCCACCGACGCCCAGUGUCCGUCUCCUCAACACCAAGAUCCCAUGGGCAGAAUGGCAUCUCAAGGUUCCGUCAACAAGAACCCCUUGGCCGAAGACUGGCUUAAGACGGCUCAGCACCCAGGGUUUCGGGUACGGGGGCACAAACGCGCAUCUCAUUCUUGACGACGCAGCCCACUACCUCGAGGAGCGUAACCUUAGGGGUCAUCACUACACGAGCACGGAGAUUCCACAUGCGCAGCGACUUCUGGAUGAUAGUCCCCAAAACAAAAAACGUCAGAUGUUAUUCUUGUUCCGGUCAAACGACCGCGAAGGGCUCAGACGAGUCCGCUCCUCGCUGGAACAACAUCUUCGCAAUCGUCUCGCGUCAGUCCCUCAAGACGGUGGCGAUUAUCUGCAAGAUCUGGCAUUCACACUUGCAAACCGGCGAUCUCUUCUGAAGUGGCAAACAUUUGCUGCUGCGAGUACGGCAGAGGAAUUGGUGGACCUUCUCAAGAAGGACGACAACUCGUGGACGGCGCCCGUUGCAAGAUGCACCACAGAACCUCCUCGAAUUGGCUUCAUAUUCACUGGUCAGGGGGCGCAAUGGGCGCGCAUGGGCGUUGAACUCAUGGAAUAUGCCAUCUUUCGCAAGAGCGUCGAAGAGUCGGAUCUCUUCCUGCGCCAGACUCUCCACUGUCCUUGGUCUGCUGCCGAAGAGCUAGCCAAGUCGCAGGACACGUCGCGGUUGUCCGAGGCAGCCUACAGCCAAACACUCUGUACGGUCCUUCAGAUUGCCAUUGUAGAUUUGUUCGAGGAUUGGAAUGUCGCACCCACGCGUGUUGCCGGACACUCGAGCGGCGAAAUUGCGGCUGCGUACUGCCUCGGUGCGUUGAGCAAGCACGACAGCCUGCGAGUAGCCUACUACCGAGGUGUCCUGUCUUCCGAGAUGCGACAGACGCAUAAAGAUCAAAAGGGGGCCAUGAUGGCCAUCGGCUCUGGCCCCGAGAGGGUCGAGGAGUGGCUCAAGCAGCUCACAAAGGGGCGCGUCGUUGUCGCUUGCAUCAACUCUCCAAAAAGUGUCACAGCAUCGGGUGACGCAGCUGCCAUCGACGAACUGACCACGAUCGUGGAGGGUGCCGGCGUAUUCGGACGUAAGCUGCAGGUUGAUGUAGCUUACCAUUCUCACCACAUGCAAACGGUCGCAUCAGCGUACGCCGACUUGCUCAAGAACGUCAAGCCACUGCCGGCGCGCGAGGGUCGGUCCAUGCACUCUAGCGUCCUGGGCCGAGCGAUCGAUGCUACGAGUCUUGGAGCAUCCAACUGGGUGAGCAAUCUUGUCUCUCCCGUUCGCUUCUCUGACGCCAUCUCCGACAUGCUUUACGAUGGAGAGGAUCUGGCCCUGGAUUUCUUGGUCGAGAUUGGACCGCACCCUGCUCUCAAAGGGCCUGUCCAACAGAUCCUGCAACCCCAUGGCCCAUCGGCGCUGGCUGUCAAGUAUGCGAGCGUCCUGACUCGUGGGCAUGGAGCGGUGAAAACUGCGCUCGCGUGUGUGGGAGAGUGCGUUCUAUCCAACGUCCCUGUUGACGUGGCUCGUGUAAACGGUGGCAUUGGAAAUCCUCGUCCUGUCGUCGACCUGCCACCAUACCCCUGGAAUCGAUCUACCAGGUUCUGGGCCGAGUCGCGGCUUUCGGAAGAAUACCGAUUGCGCAAGCACGCCCGUCUUCCACUCCUUGGUUGCCCUUGUCCCACCAUGGGUGCGCGCGAGCGAUAUUGGCGCGGCAUGGUGCGGUUGGAUGAGGAGCCUUGGAUUAGGGACCACGAGAUUCAAGGGUCCAUCCUGUAUCCUGGGGCAGGGUUCCUCAUCAUGGCGAUCGAAGCCGCAUUGCAGCAGGCAGACAACUUGCGCACGGUCGCUUCGUUUACAUUACGAGAUGUCCAUCUCGACGCCGCGCUGGUGGUGACCGAGGACAGUAUUGUGGAGGCGAUCCUUCAACUGCGGCCACAUCUGCUUGCACCGGGUAGUAGCCAAUCGUCCUGGAUGGAGUUUACUGUGAACUCGUCCACGGAUAGGGGUCCCCUACGCCAAAACUGCUCCGGUCUCAUCAUGGUCGAGUAUGAAGUCGAUGCUGACUCGGACAUGGGUCGCGAAUCCGCCCUUGAAUCGGCGGCAGUCGUGGAUUUCUAUAAGGAGACGCAACUCUCGUGCCGAAAGACAGUCGACGUAGACAAGUUCUAUUCUCGGCUCGAUUCUCUGGGUCUCUCUUAUGGACCAACAUUUGCCAAUGUCACUGCGAUUCGGAGAUCUGGUGAAGGAAAAUGCGUCGGUUCAUUGCGCGUCCCCGAGGUAGAUAGCGCCGUGCCUCCGGCAUAUAGCAGUCACCCUCAUGUCAUUCAUCCGACAACGCUGGAUGCUGUCUUUCAUCUCGCUUUUGCCGCUCUUGAGGACGCUCUGCUUCCAGGGCCCAUGGUUCCAACCAACAUAGACGAGGUGGUAGUUGCAGCAAACGUGCCAAACCGGCCCGGCACAUUGCUUCGUGGAGUCUCGCAAUCCUCGCCUCACGGCUUCCGUGAGCUCGUGUCCGAUAUAAGCAUGUUGGAUGACGAAAUGAGCAGAAUGGUCGUUCGGAUCAAAGGUUUUCGCUGCGCUGACGUUUCGGGCGGGAACAUGACCUCGUUGGAGGCAGUAGAGACUCGACCGAUCGGAUUUCGUCUUGAGUGGAAGCCUGCGGUCGAAUUGCUGCCUGACGAAAAGCUGAAACAAUUCAUCGGCGAUGUUGCCGAAAAGCGAACGGACUCGAAACUCGCUCGCGCCGGUGAGCUGAAGAAUGAAGCUCGCCACAUUUCUGAGGAGUUGGGUCAGACAGAGAACCUCCCAACUCCAGACCAGCAGGACCAAUGGUUGAAAGAGAUGGAAGAUUGCGGCGUGCUAUUCGAACUCGCACAGGCUCUCGACACUGAAUCCAAGUACCUCGCACUUCGGCAUCACACGAACCCGAAUCUGUCUGUGCUUGAAUUGAGCCUGGACUCCGUGCCAUUCUCUCUUUUCGCAAACCUCCCCAGCCGCGACAGAAUUCUCCAGACAGCGCAAUUCGCAAUUUCAGUAUGCCAGGAAAGUGCUGUUGAUCGGAUCAAGGGCUGGUUUGGGUCCAAGGCUUCAGCAAUCGACGUCGUAGUCGCAGAUUAUUCCACUAAGCUCGACAAGAGCUCAGAGAUGCACGAUGUCAUCAUCGUAUUCGACCCCGGUUUCGUUUAUGCAAAGCAAGAUGUUGUUUUGCGCAACGCGCGGAAGCUGCUAAACCCGGGCGGAACCCUGGUUAUUGCCGAAAUCAACAAGCCAGAGGCUAACCUUACCACAGCAUUAAGGGCGCUUCAAUGGACAAGGAACAUCGAUUCCACAAAGAGCAUUUGGGCGUCGUCCUUCUCACGCUUGGGACUUACACCUUCACUUGACCUCAUCGACAGCACGGCUUCUGGCUACGGACGGUCUACUUUGCGUCUCACUGCAAAUGUCAGCCCAUCGGGUCUGUCGUCCGACGGUCAGGCUAAAUUAGAACACGUCUCUAUUGUCGUGUCUGCCGCGGCAUCCUCCCGAGCCCAAAGGGUUGCGUCAGCCAUCGCAACGCGGCUCGAAGAAUCAUGUACCGUACACAUUGUCCGCUGGGGACCUGACGCUUCGAAGCUUAAAGGUCAGACCUGCAUAAUACUCACCGACUUGGAGUCUGCACUUCUCAAAGAUCUCGCGUCUGAGGAUCUCACCAACCUACAAACACUCCUCUCACUCGCUGAGAGUACUCUCUGGGUGAGCGGUCCUCUGGGUCCCGAUGCUGCUCUCAUAACAGGAUUGGUUCGUAGCGUGCGCAACGAGGCCGUCGGCGUCCAGCUGCGCACCGUCGAAAUGACCGACGUGCCCCUAUCUGAAGCUGAGGAGUACGCCGAUGCGGUGUCUCGCAUCUUUCACUAUCGUGGUUCCGAUGAUGAGUUCCAGGCAAGACAGGGAACAUUGCAAAUCAGCAGGCUCGUCGAGGAUGAGGAGAGAAACAUGGAGCUCGCGCAGCUGCUGGGCCAGGGCGAGAAGGCGGCUGUUGCAACUACACUGCAGGAGAAGCCGGAAGCACUGAAGUUGUGCGUAAGACAGAUCGGUAUGCUGGAUUCGAUCUGCUUUGAACCAGAUCCGCUCUCUCGGGAGCCUCUGGGGGCAGAGGAGGUGGAGAUUGACGUGAAGGCGUCUGGUAUCAACUUCCGAGAUGUCAUGGUCGCUUUGGGACAAAUUCCAGAUCGUGCAUUCGGGUUCGAAGGGGCCGGCGUCGUCCGUCGAGUGCAUGAAUCGGAGAAACGACUCCGGCCAGGAGACAGAGUCGCGUUUCUCGCCCACGGCGCUCACCGUACCGUGCACCGCGUGCGCUCAGGCUUCGCCAUGCCUCUUCCAGACACCAUGUCAUAUGAAGAAGGCGCCGCGAUCCUUCUUGUGCACACGACGGCCUGGUACGCGCUGGUAAAGACGGCGCGCGCAACACCUGGACAGUCUGUCCUCAUUCACGCGGCGGCCGGCGGCGUUGGCCAGGCCGUUCUCAUGCUGGCCCGACAUCUAAGCCUCGAGGUAUUUGCAACGGUGAGUUCCGAAGAGAAGAGGAAGCUCGUGCACGAAGCGUACGGGGUUCCCCACGACCAUAUCUUCAACUCGCGGGAUGUCAGCUUUGCCUUGGGCGUGAAACGGAUGACCCGAGACCGUGGUGUUGACAUUGUCGUCAAUUCGCUGGCGGGCGAGGCCCUCCGAAAGACAUGGCAUUGCCUGGCUCCUUUCGGUACGUUUGUCGAGCUCGGGAUGAAGGAUAUCCUUGACAAUGCACGCCUCGACAUGAGACCGUUUCUUCAGGACGCGACAUUUGUAUUUUUCAACCUAAAUCGUGUCCAAAAGGAGCGGCCAGAGCUCUUGCAGGAAGCGCUCACAGAGACGAUGGCCCUCGUGCGGUCCGGAGCGCUCAAGCCAGCAGUGCCCCUGACGGCCUACCCGGCUUCCGAUGUUGAAAAGGCGUUUCGCAAGAUCCAAGCAGGGCAGCACUUGGGGAAGCUCGUGCUGACGUUCCAAGCUGGCGAUACCGUGCCCGUCGUUCGACCCGACCUAAGCUUGAGCGACUCGGGCACAUAUCUCCUGGUCGGAGGCCUCGGUGGCUUGGGCCGCAGUCUCGCCCGGCUCCUGGUACGGCUUGGUGCCCGUCGCCUUUGCUUCCUGUCUCGAUCUGGCGCAAAGAGCAGCGAAGCACAGGCGCUCGUCGAGGAGCUCGCAUCGCAGCAUCGAGUCCAGGUGCUCGUCAGCGAGGGAGACGUGUCCGACGCUGCCGUCGUGUCCCGCACGGUGGAACAGUGCAAUACGAAGCUGGGGCCCAUUCGCGGCGUAUUCCAGUGCGCCAUGGUCCUCCGUGAUGGCCUCUUCGCGAGCAUGACGCACGCGCAGUGGACGGAGAGCACACGGCCAAAGGUGCAAGGAACGUGGAACUUGCACGCGCAGAUACCCAAGGCCGACUUCUUCAUCACUCUAAGCUCCUUUGCCGGCGUUUUUGGGAGUCGCGGACAAGCCAACUACGCGGCGGCGGGAGCGUACGAGGAUGCACUGGCGCACCACCGCGAUGCUGGAGGGCAGCGGGCCAUCACGCUCGAUCUCGGCAUCAUGCGGGACGUCGGCGUGCUGGCCGAGACGGGCAUCACCGACUACCUGCGCGAGUGGGAGGCUCCGUUUGGCAUCCGUGAGCCCGAGUUCCACGCACUCAUCAAGUCGGCGAUCCUGGCAACAACGCAGCCCCUGAAGGAGGGCACGUCGUCCCAGAUCCCCACAGGGCUCGCGACGGCCCGAUCUGCGCAGGCAGCGGGUAUCGCCAUGCCCUUUUAUUUCGAGGAUUCCCGCUUCUCUAUCCUUGCACAGACUCGUGCUUCGUCAGCCGGUGCCUCUGCGGCUGGAGACACGGACUCCAAGCUUUCGGUUCGAGUGCAGCUGGCUCAAGCUCAGACGAUCGCCGAAGCGGCCGCCGCAGUUCAGGCUGUGCUCGUCGAGCGGGUGGCGAGAACGUUGCAGAGUAAUGCAUCGGAAAUUGAUGCGUCCAGACCACUGCACUCGUAUGGUGUUGAUUCUUUGGUUGCGGUAGAAACGGUCAAGUGGAUGUUCAAGACGCUCGAUGCGAAGAUGACGGUGUUUGACAUCUUGUCCAACGUGUCCAUCUCGGUCCUGUGCGAGAAAAUUGCCUCCGCAUCAGCUUUGGUCAAGCUGGGAUAG